AUGGCGCCUCGUACUGGCCCCCGCGUGAAGGUGAUCUCGCCCAACUCGGAGACUGCCAUCAUGUCUCGCUCCAUCAGCGUCGACUCCUCGGUCUACAGCAGUGGACACGCCACGCCAGGCACUGCUUCUCUCCUGCGCUCUGGAUUCCGUCACGGAGGGCCGACGCGGGGAGACGACGACGUGGCGUACAGCGGCCGCCGGGCUGCCACGGGUGUCGCUCUUCAGUCAAGACGCACUGUGCUGCGCGCAAUGGACGUGAACGCGGUGCAUGAGACCGGGCCAUACCAUGGCAAGAGCGCACCGUACGACCGCGCAUCAUCGUCAGCGCAGGCGGCAGCGCGCAGUACAGCCACUGCCAGUGGCAGCAGUGGCAAUGAUGAAAAAUGUGGACACACUCGUCGCUCGCUGCCAAACUUCUUUGAGGAGGCGGACUUCGGCAACGGCAGUGCAACGGAGAGGCGGAAACGAAGGGUCGACGUGAGCAUCUCUCGGAGCCACUCCAGGUCCUACCUCGUGGAUGCUUCUGCGGUAGGGCAGUGGCAGCAGCCACCGUCGUGCCAGCAAGCUGAGAAUGAAGGGGCCGUCCGCCGCGCAACGGCCGCCCUCGAGCACGCCGGAGGUGCCGUCCUGCGCCGCCCUUUCUGCGGCAGCAAUGCCACCAGCAACAGAAGCCGUGUGGCUACCUCCGCGCUGGGUGGCAACACGUCCUUGCUGCCAGUACAGCAGCAGCCAUGUCAGCCGGAGCGCCGAGGCUUGUGCCUACCUCCCACGAUUCCGAUCACCGCACACACGCGCUGCCACCGCAGCGAGGACAGCGACUACAGCGGCAACAACACCAGCAUGGGUAGCACCGCGAGUUCCAAUAAGCGCGCACGCCCUUGGGCAGAGCCGACGCCGUCGCAGGCAGCAUCGCAGCAGCCAGCGUCUGCCUGCCGAUCCUCGUUCUACGGGACGCAGCCGAUGGCGGAGAGUGCGACGCAGCGGCCUGCUGUCCCACGCGUCUGCCCUGGCAUGUUCGCCGGGGUCAGCGCUAUUCCAGUGGAUGAGAGGCUGUUUGCCGAUGCGGUUGGGUUGCACACGAACGUUAUUUCCACCGCCUUCGCCGUACCCUCGGCGAGGGCUGCCGCCGCAGCGGAUGGUGGUGGUAGUGCAGUGCAACAGCGCUACUGCGUCUGUCCCCUCUGGAGUCUGGUCGGAACCUUCAAAACGUCGCUGAGCAGCCUCGUCACGGUCGACUUCAACCAGAAGUGCUUGCGAUGGUCGCAGCGCAACCCGAAGGGAGGGCAGCAGACCAUCAAGGUACCUCUGGCUAGCGUCUUGGACGUCUUCACGACGCGAGUAGUGCAAGAGGACGAGCACAUUGAAGAGCGCCAGUUCACCGUCGUCGUGCGUACUUCCACUCGGCCCUCGCAGGUGGUCUUCGGCUUUGCGACGGUAGCGGAGGCGAGCCGCCUGCGCAACGUCUUCAAGCGGCGCUGA